CUGGUGUCCCCUCAGUGGAGCCUUGUGUGUGAGGACGGCUGGACGGGGCCGCUGGGGCCAGUGGAGCACCUCCUGGGCUGGUUGCUGGGCUGUGUCCUCCUGGGCCUGGGCUGUGACCGGUUUGGCCGCCGGCCUGUGUUUGUGGCCUCCCUGGUGCUGGCCACGGGCCUGGGGGCCGGUGAGGUCCUGGCCGCCAGCUUUCCAGCCCUGAUGGCUCUGCGGCUGCUUCACGGGGGGGCCUUGGCAGGGGCCUCCCUCGCCCUCUAUGUGGCCCGGCUGGAGCUGUGUGACCCGCCUCACCGCCUGGCUUUCUCCAUGGGGGCCAGCCUCUUCUCUGUGGCGGGCACUCUGCUGCUGCCCGGCCUGGCCCUGCUUGCGCAAGAUUGGCACCUUCUGCAGGGGCUGAGUGCCCUGGUGACGGGAACCCUGCUGCUCUUUUGGGGGUCUCCAGCCCUGUUCCCUGAGUCUCCCUGCUGGCUGCUGGCCACAGGGCAGUCAGCCCGAGCCAGGAAGAUCUUGUGGCACUUUGCAGAAACCAGCGGUGUGAACCCCGAGGACAGCUCGGAGGAGGAGAGCUCCCUGGCUACUGAGCUGGACAUGCUGUGUGCAGGGAGCCCUCAGCCCCAGCACCACUGGGUCCUGGAGCUCCGGCACACCCGCGUCGCCUGGAGAAAUGGACUCAUCCUGGGCUUCAGUUCGCUGAUCAGCGGGGGCAUCAGAACCAGCUUUCUUUGCAGCCUGACACCAGGGGAGCCCACCUUCUACUGGCCCUACUUCCUAGUGGCCGGCCUGGAGGCAGCAGCCACCAUCUUCCUGCUCCUGACGGCUGACCUCUGGGGGCGCCGCCCAGUCCUGCUACUGGGCACCUUGGUCCUGGUCCUGGCGUCCCUGCUGCUUCUUGCGGGGACCCAGUACCUUCCCAGCUGGACUGUGCUGUCCCUCUCUGUCCUGGGGCUCCUGGCCUCCCAGGCCGUGUCUGCUCUCAGCAGCCUCUUUUCAGCAGAGGUCUUCCCCACAGUGACCAGGGGCGCCGGGCUGGGCCUGGUGCUGGGAGCUGGAUUGCUGGGCCAGGCCACCUCCCCACUGGCCGACCUGCACAGCCGGCAGGGCUUCUUCCUGCAGCACGUGGUCUUCUCGGCCUUUGCCAUCCUCGCCCUGCUCUGUGUCCUGCUGCUGCCCGAGAGUCGUGGUCGCGCGCUGCCCCAGUCACUGCAGGACGCUGACCGCCUGCGCCGCUCCCCGCUCCUCCGGGGAGGCCCCCUCCAGGACCACCUGCCUCUGCUGCCCGCCUCCCAACCCCAGGCCGGGACACAGCUGGCCCAGGAGGGGUGACCAGGCUGCAGACACACCUCCCCUCAGAUGGCCACACACCAGUGCAGGCGGAGGGGGUCUCAGGAGGGAGUGAGAGGCCAGCAGGAAGCGGGCCUGGGUUCCCGGGGGCCCUGGUUCCCCCAGUGUGCAUGAGGAGGAUAAAGGUGACCGUGGAACUUGG